AUGAGUCCUGUGUCUCCUGUCCUAGCUGAGGUGUGGCUGGUGGGUGUGGCUCCCGAAACCACACAGCUCAACAUCUCCGUGGAGGGGAAGGCUUGUGACGGAGAGUGGGCCGACCCAAACCUGCUGUGCGCUCUGAUUGACUGCUCCGCUAGCCCCACCUACAACAGGAGCUCUGCCUCUGUUUGGGUGGAGACCAUUGGAGGGAGCUACAACUGGAGCUGGGGCUGCAGCGGGCAGCACAGUGAAGUCUCCUCCAACCAAAGCGCCUUGUGUUCAUCCUGCGAGAGUCGCCCAGGAGUGUGCGGUUCCCAUGGAGACUGUUACAAUGGCAACAUCACCUAUGAGUGUCACUGUCACAGCGGGUAUACAAACCGCUACAACAUCACGACAGAAGCGUGUGUUGAUGUGGAUGAAUGCAGGGAGAAUGCUACAAUCUGCGGCUCAAACGCAACCUGCAGCAACACCGCUGGCAGCUUCACCUGCGAGUGUAAAGAGGGAUUCAUUCCCAGCCCGGGGCUUGAAUGGAAGCUGGGAGUCACCACCUGUACAGGUGUGACAGAGGGCUUAAAUACAGCAGAAUGCGAGGAUAAAUCAGUGGAGUGGUGCCAGCUGGAGUCUGUGGUUAAUCUGCUAGACAACAGCAGCUCACUGGUGCUUCCAUCCACAGUACAAACAUUUGCCAUCGGGCCAGAAGCCAACCUGACAGACACACCUCAGCUGAUAUCGAGAAACAACCUUUUGGAAAUUGAUCUACUUGGCAUCGCUAAGAACAACAAUGGAUCUGCAGCGAUGGCCUUCAUGACCUACACCAACAUGGAGAAGGUUCUGAAGGCCAGACUCUUCCACACAGAGAACGACACCAUCAAGACCAUGAUGUCUGCUGUGUUUGCUGCCUCCCUCCCCAAAACCAAAAACACAACAUUGCCCAGUCCAGUCAACUUUACCCUGAGACACCUCAUACAGGUGGACCCUGAGGGCCAGCUCACCUGUGUGUACUGGAAUCAGAGCAGGUGGAUCGUGGAUGGCUGUGAGGCCACAGAGACCAAUUCCAAUUACACCGUGUGCACCUGCAACCACCUGUCCACCUUCGCCCUCAUCAUGCAGACGGACAGACCACCUGAGGAAGACAAACUCCUGGAGCUGAUCAACACUAUCGCAGUGUCAGUGGGGCUGCUGUUUCUGGCCCUGGCCAUCCUGACCUUCAUCCUCUGUCGCUGGAACCCUAAAGUCAGCAACACAGCACGCCUCAACCUCUCCAUCUGCCUCUUCCUGGCCCACCUGCUCUUCCUGCUGGUGCAGAGUUUCCUCUCUCACAUCCAGAAGCACAAGCUGGUGUGUGCAGUGAUCUCGGGCGUGCUGCACUUCCUCUUCCUGUCCAGCUUUAUGUGGAUGUACCUGGAGGCUCUGCAGCUCUUCCUGUUGGUGCGCAACCUGAGAGAGGUCAGGAUUAUACAGAGGGAGGGAAUCCACUGGGGCUUCCUGCUGCUGAUUGGCUACGGCGCCCCCUUCCUGGUGGUGGGUGUGUCAGCAGGACUGGUUCCUGACGGAUACGGCAGCGAAGAAUGCUGGCUGAAGAAAGAAAAGGAUUUCAGGUGGGCCUUUCUGGGCCCAGUGUGUUAUGUCCUCGCAGCAAAUGUCAUCCUCUUCAUCACCAUCAUCUCACACCUGCAGUCCACCCUAGCUGGCCUGAACAAGGAAAUCUCUCAGCUGAGAUCCACCAGGGUCAUGGUGUUCAAAGCACUGGUCCAGUUCAUCAUUCUCGGUUGCCCCUGGAUACUCGGCUUCUUUGUGAACAACAAUGAGAUGCUGCAGUAUCUCUUCCUGCUGUCAACCUCCCAGCAGGGCACGUUCAUCUUCCUGGUGCACUGCGUCCUCAACAGAGAGAUCCAGGAGCAGUACAGGCGGUGGUGGAAGACCGUUUGCCGUCCCAGUGAAGCCUCUGACUCCUCCCACUCCUCCAGGCAAUCCAUGAAUUCCCGGAGCAUCACAGAUCCCCUGCACGUCCCAUGA